AUGUCAAAUGUUCAAGACAUUCAUAUGCAAGAUCAGGAAAACACGAUACCGGUCCAGAGUCCAGACUUAGAUAUUUAGGAGUUGAUCGAGCGUCGUCGCCAAAAUUCGACCGUCUGAAACGGUCCACAGAUUGCUCCGGCUGUAAAUUCCGAUACCCUUUCUCUGCGCUGUGGCGUGGAUUCCUUUCCUCAUCAUCAAUGAAAUGUUCAUAAAGCAUCCUCUCCAGUCCUCUGCCCGUACUCUGCCUUUUACCAACCAAGCAUGUCUACUCCUAGUUCCAAGUCGGACGAAGCAUUCGGUGCUUCAUCUUCAGAUGAUGUGGCGUUAGAUUCUACAACAAACGAGUCAUGGAUAGCUAUUGAGCCUCCAAUGCCACCCCGAAAUAUCCAAGUUAUAUCGGAUCUUUGCAGUGAGCCGCCAUCGUUCUCCGCCGCACAGUUCGAUAUCGUGUUGAGACGGCAACAUCAGCGUUCUCGAGACGGCGGUGGAGUUAAGAAAGCUGCCAUACCCUCCCGGUUUUUAAACCUUUCUGAUACCUUCGAAUUCUCCGGCUGGGGAACACUCUCUCGCAUCGAACUCGAUCCGUCGGAUAUCUCAUAUGGCGAAAAAUGUAUACAGGAUGGCCGCAGAGCCAAGACUUUGGGUCAAUUUACAGCGAGUGCAUUGGCGGGAAAUGCGGUCCUUGGAAGUGUGUUCUAUGCUUUGCCAGCCGUGGUCAUUGCAUCGGGUGUGUACUCUCCUAUUUCUCUAUUCAUCGCCACACUUGUAUUAUUCCUAUGGAGGCCAAUCAUGGAGGAGUUGGCAUCGGCUUUACCCUUUGGCGGAGCACCGUAUACAUAUUUAUUGAACGUUUCGUCAAAGUGGCUUGCACUGUUAGGUGCCGCCAUGCUUCUCCUCGAUUACGCGUCAACCUCUGUUGUUUCGGCUGCAACUGCAGCGGCUUAUCUGUCGGGAGAAGUUUCACUUCCAUUUCCUGCCUAUGUCGGGGCCCUUCUUGUAGUCGUAGUCUUCACUAUUGUAAGCCUGAGUGGACUCCGAGAAAGCGCUCGCAUUGCUCUAGUCGUUCUCAGCCUACAUAUCCUCACCAUGCUAGCUUUGUUUGUUGCCUCAGUUGUGGCGUGGGCACGUACAGGGAACUCGCUGAUACACGAGAAUUGGGUUAUGGGAAGAGGGCCUCUCCGAGCGGGACACAUUGUUGGUGAAGUCUUCAAUGGUGUUUGUAUCGGCGUACUUGGUCUUACCGGCUUUGAAUGUACCCCUUCCUAUGUGUCAAGCAUUAAGCCGGGACGGUUUCCGCGUGUUCUGCGCAAUCUCCACUAUCCGGCCAUCUUCCUGAAUUGUUUGUCAAUGCUUUUCCUGUUGGCUCUCGUGCCGCUCGAGACUAUCUUAAGUGGGGCAAACGUAUUGAGUGCACUUGCCAGUGCUGCGGGCAAGUGGCUAAGGAUCUGGGUGGUAGUAGAUGCUGUGGUAGUGCUUUGCGGAGGUGUGCUCACCGGGAUUUUGGGUGCAUGUGAGCUGUCAGAUAGGUUAGCCCGAGACCGAUUGCUCCCGCGGUUUUUCCUCCGGAGGCUUACCUGGACCCAUGCGCCGUUCGUGUCUAUCGUAUUCUUUGCGCUGUUCUGUUGUGUGCUCUAUGCCGCCUCUGGCGCUAGCUUGUCUAUAGUCUCCAAGAUGUUCUCCCUGAUAUGGCUCGCCGUAAUGACUCUGUUCCCCAUCGCUGUGCUGUUACUCAAGUUCAAUAGAGGCCGGCUACCUAGGCAACCGCGUACUUCCUUGACAAUCGUGUUUUCGACAUUAAUUAUUGCCUUCGUCAUUAUCGGUGGUAAUAUUGCCAUUGACCCCACAAUAGUCGGGUAUGCUGCAGCCUACUUGGUAGCUCUAGCUACUAUUUUCUAUGUCACCAUGAAGAAGGGGCGCUUCGUGCGUUGGUUCCUAUGGAUCUAUGACCAAUCUUCUUCCUUGAACGCCUUCCUUUGGACCAAAAACUGGGGUCACAGGAUGGCUAAAAUGAUGAUGCAUAUGCGUCGGCAGCCGGUAUGUCUAUUGGUGAAGACCGAUGAGAUCAACCGACUUUUCCACAAGUUGCUGUAUGUCUGUGAGAACGAGGAGACCUCACGUCUGAAGUUAGUACAUUUUUACGACGAGGAAGGCGGGAUACCGUCGGAAAUGGAAGCGAAUUGGAAGAUCCUCGAUGAAGCAUUCCCAGAGAUCACCGUGGACCUGGUCCUUGUUCGUGGUCCGUUUAAUCCUCUCAAUGUUGCUGCACUUGCAAAUAGGUUGCAAGUACCUACGACCCUCAUGUUCAUGUCAUGUCCUGGCCAGAACUUUUCCUACCCUGUUGCUGACUUCGGAACACGCAUAAUCAGCCUCUGAAUCUAGUCUACAUAUAUUCAAAGCGCUCAAUUUGUAUAUUACAGAUCCUAAGGGAUUACGACGGUCCAGAUGACCAGUAUCAGCUACAUGUGAUAACUUUCUAGAGUAUAAUAGCACUCCCUCAUCUGUCAUUUGGACUAUGCUCGGGUCUAAGACAUUUCAUAUCAGACCCUAGCAAAUACACUGCGAGCAUGGACGAAUCUCGCAGCUGUGAACGUUGCCGCGCCGGCGAGGAUGAGAGUUCCCGUGAAGAUGAUGAGCCAUUCAAAAUGCUUUUGGUCUAUUUCUUUAAGGAAAGCGCCAGCUGUCGGCGUUCCAACGAG